AUGAUCCAACCGCUAGAGACUCUGUAUCAACCAGCGCAACGUAUCGUGACAUUCUUGACCCGGAACAGCAACAGCAGCGACGGCGCCAUUUGCCACAGGAGCAACGGGAGGCUCAGCAAGGGCAACAGCAGUUGGGGCAGGAGGAAGCAGGAGCCGAUCGACAAGGCGUGCAACCGGGUGCACAAUAUAUUGGGACUCCCGUGCCUACGCGAUCAGGUGCGGAAGGGUUGCAACACCAACAGCAGACGCCACAAGAAGCCGGACCAGCACCAGCACCAUCACCAGCGGCAAGGUCUAGCAUCUCUCGGUGAUUCUCGUGCCGUGAGGAAUGCGUCGGAGACACCGCCCCCGCGCCCAGGCCGUGACGCCGGCGCUACUUCGGGAACGCCCACCGAGCGCCGAAGGGGCACGACCUCGGCGCCAACCAAGACGGUCAAGCGGGCCCUUCGCAUGGCGGGCACGGAGGCCGAAGCGCGCCGCAUCACCCUAUCGGCAGAGCUCCGCACCGACAGAGACGUUCCGGGGUCCUCCACAGGGUUGCCGCAGCAACACAUGCGCGAGAGGGUGGAGCACACGCUCGACUUCUUGUGCUUCCCUGAAGCGAGCGGCCUCGGACGCAAGAGGCGGAUGGGCUCCGGUAAGAAGGUCAGCAAGACUAUCUUCUGGGCGCACGUUGGGGCCAUCGCCCGGCAAAGGAGACUGGCCAAUGCGGACGCGGUUCCUGGAAGUGCGGAGAAGCGGCAGGGGUGCAACACCGGUGGUGCCGUACCCGCUCCUCGCGUCUCCUCGCAACGCGGGCAGGAACAGCGGGAGGCGCUAGGGC